AGUUAAAUUAACUGCAAUGAUAAUUGCAACUAUUUUCUUUCCCUCGGCGCAUUACAUGUGUGUUUCUAUUUUGUGAAAGUAAUGUAUUUUAAUGGAGGGGAGGAAUAAAAAUAGUGAAAGAAAAUUAUGCUCGAUUAAACGAGAUAGGCGAGUUUUCUCGGCGAAUCAUGACGGCUGAAUCGCGAGAGGUGUACUAACAACGCAGAGUGUACUCGACGCGAGACGCUAUCAUGCCUCUUUUUCAUGUGCGCGGACAGUAAAGUCUCGGAUUUGCGACGGUGAGUCGAGCACCCGAGGACGGAGGUCGGUGAGAGAAAUUCUCGCGCAGAAUGAAUGUCGUUCGGAUCAACUUGAAGAACGUGAUAUUCCUUUUUAUGGCGUUCCUGUCGACGUCUGUCCAGGAGGCUCGAAUGGACUAUGGCACUGCGACCAGCUAUGCUCUGAAGGAAGCGAACUUGAACUCCACUCCAGCUUACAGCAGCAAGAAGGAGGAAAUUGCUGGGCUGUGUCCAAGUGGGAUACCUUGUGUAGAAUUGAGUGGAGAAUGCCUGAAGUGUAAUUUAAAUUACAGCUGUAAAUAUGGAUCGAUGUAUGAAGCAAACUGCUCUGUGAUGGAGCAUGUAGAUUGUAUAGGAGAGCAGACUUUCUCCAAAAAGUACAUGUGUCGUUACUGUUAUCAAACUGACCACUGGGAGCAUCAGUGCCAUCAGAAAAAUUCCUGCAGCUCAGUAGCAUCUCCUCAGCAAUAUUACAGAACAAAUUGCACGGUAAAUGAUGACAUACUGUGUCUGGGCAGGCGGAAGUUUAUGAAAAACCUGCCUUGUAACUGGACAGUUGGAUAUCGUUGGUCCACAGCUUUGAUCUUGAGUAUUACUCUUGGAGGAUUUGGUGCAGACAGGUUUUACUUGGGACACUGGCAAGAAGGCAUUGGCAAACUUUUUAGUUUUGGUGGUUUAGGUGUGUGGACCUUAAUCGAUGUGAUAUUAAUCUCUAUGAGAUAUUUAGGUCCUGCUGAUGGCUCCUUGUAUAUUUAGAUUAAUAGAUAUUUUUGUAAAUAUUAAUAUAAAAUCUAAGUCUUACUUUAUAAUGUAUUAUAGUCCUUAUAGGAAGAUGUUAUAUUUGUUGAACUAGGUACAAAUUAAUGUGAUACAUGUACAUACAUAAAUAAGAACAAGCUGCUUUUAUAUUUAAAAAAAAAAUGGAAUUUACAUUUGUUGGGUAGACAAUAAUUGUCAAUAUAUUCAGAUAGAUUUAACGUUAUUUAACAAUUAACGUUUAAUAUAAUCUUGAAAUGAAGCUCUCAGAAAAUAAGGCAAAUAAAAAUGUUGAAGUUUUUUGUAGGACUUAUGCUGUAAAGAUAUUAUAUAAAAAGUAUAAUUUAUUUGUUAAUAAAUGUACAUAAAUUAUA